AUGCCCCGCCCCGGUGCCCUAGCAACAAAUAAACAGUUCGAGGUUCGGUGGCUUUUGUGCGCUCGAAAGCGGGCUGUCCUGGUGCCUCCCCGGGAGUGGAGUGAGCCGAGCCUUGCUUACCAGCAUCUGCGCCUCCGCACACCGCGAAGGCGCCCAAUUGGAGGUGCGGCCACGGCCGGGGCAGGCGGCAGAACGCCGUCAGGUAAAGGGAAGAAAGGAAAAGGCCGGCCCAAGAACUCCGGGAAGAAGCAGAAGCUGAAGAAGCCGGAAGUGGACAUCAUGAGCCCGGCAGCCAUGCUGAACCUGUACUACAUUGCUCACAAUGUUGCCGACUGCCUGUACCUGCGAGGCUUCCCGUGGCCAGGGGCUCCCAAAGGGAAAAGGGGGAAAAAAUAAGACUUAGGUGAUAGAAUUCAAAGCAUGCCUUGGUCUCAAAGAACAGAAAGUAGGAGAAUGCAUUUAGGAUAACUCAAGGACUUCGGCCAAAUGGGCUCUAAAAGACAAGCGGGAACACGUAGCCGCCACUGCGCUUUUCUGUGAUAAGCAAUAGCGAAGGCUGCUUUUAUUUCCGAAGCUAAGCCAGGUACUAGGUAAGCCACUUUGGUUUUUCAGAUGUAAUCAGGAAAAAUAGUCCAUAAAGGCUACCCUGGCACUGGUAAUAAUUUUUUAAAAUAUUAUAAUCAUAAUUCUAGACUGAAUUAAACCUUGUUCUCAGAAGGCAG